GCUGACGUGAAGAAGCGACGAGCCAGUCAAGAGGACUCCGAAGCAGCCAGCCAUCGAGAUCCGUCUCAGCCACGCGUCAUUUCGGCAGCCCUGGCGAUUGUGGACCCCACCGUCGGGCCAAAGCCCAGCGAGGAGGACUUCGUCCUCCUUCGGCCGCUUCCUUACGAGCCGGUGCCCUGGGAUGGUGAGAACCAUCGCCAGAGGAGUUUCAUCUACAAGGGCAGCGUCUUCGUCGUCCCCAUGCUGGCCUUCCACAGCAAGAGCGAAGGCGCUCCGCCGAAAAGCCAAGGCAAGGAGCAGAAGGAGGAUGUACGGCAAGGAAAGGGAUGGAAAGUGGUCAAGAGCAAGGUGGUGGGUGGUGCGAUGAAGGCAGAGUAG